AUGCCGCCCGUCCGCACCGCCCGCGCCUCCAAAAAAGCGCCCCCCGAAGGCUUCGACGACAUCGAAGACACGCUCCUCGAGUUCGCGGCCGCCAUGAAAGACGCCGAGAACGCCUCCCACGACGGCAAGAAGAAGUACGAAAUGACCUGGCCCAUCUUCCAGAUUACGCACCAACGCUCGCGCUACAUCUACGACAUGUACUACGAGAAGGAGGCCAUCAGCAAGCAGCUGUACGACUGGUUGCUCAAGAACGGGUAUGCCGAUGCGAUGCUGAUUGCCAAGUGGAAGAAGCAGGGAUAUGAGAAGCUUUGCUGCACGAGGUGCAUUCAGACCAAGGAGACGAACUUCCGCUCGACGUGCAUUUGCCGGGUGCCGAAGGAGACGCUCAAGGAGGGACAGGAGGUACAGUGUGUGAACUGUGGAUGCCGGGGAUGCGCUUCAAGCGACUGA